CCUCGUUGUUUCUAGUUCCAAGUUGAAGGUUGUAUAAUUUGUUACAGAAGGAAACUCCAAGAUACAAGUAUUAAUAUACGAUUUGCAGGGAAAACCAAGGGACCCUUUGAGAAUGAGUACUUUGGACUCAUCGGCACUAAAAGUCUCCGCAUUAUGUUUCAGUGGCGGGUUGGCCACGGGAAUCAUAAUGAGCAAAUUGGCAAAUAAGUUGAAAAAUUCGGAUUUUUACGAAAAAAAUCCACCCGAAAAAUGGGUGAAAGUUGGCACAAUUUCAGACUUGGUGAUCUAUCCUGUCAAGUCACUGCCAGGCAUUACUGUCACCCAAGCGGUGACUACUAUCUUGGGACUGCAAGAUGCAGCGAACCCUUAUCUGAGAGACAGGUCAUUUGUAAUCACGAAUGCCAACGGCGGUUUCCAGACGCAGAGAGUAAUUCCAUCCAUGGCACUGAUUCAUCCGACUGUAAUUGAGGACGUUUUACACCUAAAGUUUGUCGGGGAAGAUGGAGAUGACGACAUUUCGGUUAAAUUUCCGAAAGAUGUUCAAUACAAUAAGAAAUUGAUUAGGAUUUGGACGGAUAAAGUGUACGCUCUUGAUUGCGGGGAUCAGAUUUCUGACUGGUUAAGCAAGGUUACUGGGGUUGAGGGCCUUCGCUUAUUUUACCACGAUAGCGAAAAUAGUCAAAGAAAAGUUAACCUUGGCCAGAAAGCUUUUCCAAUGUUUGCUCCACGAGAUACGGGAAUAUUCCAAGACGAAACGUCUUACAUGAUGAUGACUGAAGAAUCCUUGACCGAACUAAAUUCGAAAAUGACUCGUCAAUUCCCUAUGAAGUCAUUCCGGCCUUGCAUAACAAUUACAGGGACUCCCGAACCAUGGGCGGAGGAUGCAUGGACUUUUGUCCGAAUUGGAAAUGAUGUUGAAAAGUCGCCGAUAUUCAAAACUUCACAGCCAUGCUUAAGAUGCAAAAUGACCACGAUUGAUCCCGACACUGGAACAAUUAUCGAGGACGGUGAACCGAUAAAGACGCUGACCAGCUUAAAACGACCAGUAUGGAACCCCACGGUUACCAAGAUUGUUAAAAACGCGGCCGUCAUGGGCAUCCAUUUCGGCAUUUUCAAGAAUGAAAAUUCUAUAAUUCAAGUUGGCGACCCAAUUUAUGCAGCAUUAGUGUAAUCUGGUGCCAAAAAAUGAAUAAAUGCAUCAUGCAAAUUUACAUACUGCAAGUAAA